AUGCGGCGGGGGGCGCUUGUCCCCCUUACCAUCUUGUUGCUCUUUAUCGUCGUUGCAGGAAGCAUAAGCCAAGACUUUCAGCCCCUCCAUCUGUCGCGUACGAACAGACUUGCUCCGACAGCAUUGCGUGGUAGCGUGUUGGGCCUGCGAUUGAGGGGUGGAUUGGGCAGGCCCAAAAAAGCUGAUAGUGACGACGACGAUGAAGAUGAUGACGAUGUAAGCGGUGGCGACGACGACGACGACGACGAUGAAGGAGGUUCUGACAAUGAUAUGUCUUCGUCAGAGAGCGAUCAAGGAAAGAAAAAGGGCAAAGGCCCCAAAAAGACCAAGAAGAAAAAUGCUGAAAGUGACGACAAUAGCGACGAUGAUGAAUUGGAUAUGCAAGGAUCUGGAUCUGGGGAAGAUGAUUCCGAAGAUGAUGGUCCAGCCAAGAAGAAGGUUCCUACUGCUAUCAUCAGUUCAUAUCUCACAGUCUGUCUCCUAUGCAUAGUGCGGAAAGUUUGGGCAUAUUUCUCGGGUAUUUUCUACACUAAAUCCCAUGCUUUGCAUGUCCGGAAGGAGGAGGAGGAGGUGGUGGUGGUGGAGGAGGAGACAGAAAGUGCUUUCGUUGCGGCGAAGAAGGGCACAUAUCUCGUGACUGCAGUCAACCAGGAAAUGACUACGGCGGAGGACGUGGCGGUUUCCGUGGACGUGGUAUAG